GCGCCUUCGCUGAGGUGCCGCUCGCCGCGCUCGUCGCCGCUGCCCUCCCCUCCCCUCCCCCCAGAGUUCGCUGGUGUCCGUCACCGCCUCGGCCGCCGCCGGGUCCUCGUGGCUCCUCCGGGAAAGCAAAGAUGAACGUGAUCGACCACGUGCGGGACAUGGCGGCCGCGGGGCUGCACUCCAACGUGCGGCUCCUCAGCAGCCUCCUCCUCACUAUGAGCAACAACAACCCUGAAUUAUUCUCUCCAUCUCAGAAGUACCAGCUUUUGGUCUACCAUGCAGAUUCUCUCUUUCACGAUAAAGAAUAUCGGAAUGCUGUUAGCAAGUACACAAUGGCCCUACAGCAGAAAAAGGCCUUAAGUAAAACAUCCAAAGUGCGACCUUCCACUGGCAGUGCUGCUUCAACUCCUCAGAGUCAGUGUCUUCCAUCUGAAAUUGAAGUGAAAUACAGAAUGGCUGAGUGUUACACAAUGCUAAAACAAGACAAAGAUGCAAUCGCUGUCCUUGAUGGGAUCCCCUCCAGACAGAGAACCCCUAAAAUAAACAUGAUGUUGGCCAACUUGUACAAGAAGGCGGGUCAGGAGCGCUCUUCUGUGACCAGCUACAAAGAGGUGCUGAGACAGUGCCCGCUGGCUCUGGACGCCAUUCUAGGUUUAUUGUCCCUUUCUGUAAAAGGUGCAGAAGUAGCAUCCAUGACAAUGAAUGUAAUCCAGAGCAUUCCUAACUUGGACUGGCUUUCAGUGUGGAUCAAAGCAUAUGCCUUUGUCCACACUGGUGACAACACCAGAGCUAUCAAUACCAUCUGUUCUCUAGAGAAAAAGUCCUUAUUGAGAGAUAACGUGGACCUACUGGGGAGUUUAGCAGAUCUGUACUUCCGGGCUGGAGAUAACAAAAACUCCAUUCUCAAAUUUGAACAGGCCCAGAUGUUGGACCCCUACCUGAUAAAAGGAAUGGAUGUCUAUGGAUACUUACUAGCACGAGAAGGACGACUCGAAGAUGUCGAGAACCUGGGCUGCCGCUUAUUUAAUAUUUCUGAUCAGCAUGCUGAACCAUGGGUAGUCUCUGGCUGUCAUAGUUUCUAUAGCAAACGAUACUCUCGGGCCUUGUAUUUAGGAGCUAAGGCUAUUCAGCUCAACAGUAACAGUGUCCAGGCUUUGCUGCUGAAGGGUGCAGCCCUUAGAAAUAUGGGCAGAGUGCAAGAAGCCAUAAUCCACUUUCGGGAAGCCAUACGCCUUGCCCCUUGUCGGCUGGACUGUUACGAAGGUCUCAUUGAAUGUUAUUUAGCGUCAAACAGCAUUCGAGAGGCAAUGGUAAUGGCCAACAACGUCUAUAAAACCCUCGGAGCAAAUGCACAGACCCUCACCCUUUUAGCCACUGUGUGUCUUGAAGAUCCCGUCACCCAGGAGAAAGCAAAGACCCUGCUGGACAAAGCCCUAACCCAGAGGCCCGACUACAUUAAAGCGGUGGUGAAGAAAGCAGAGUUACUUAGCAGAGAACAGAAAUAUGAAGAUGGCAUUGCUUUGCUGAGGAAUGCGUUGGCCAAUCAGAGUGACUGUGUGUUACAUCGAAUACUGGGCGACUUCCUGGUGGCUGUCAAUGAGUAUCAAGAAGCUAUGGACCAGUACAGUAUCGCUCUCAGUCUGGAUCCCAAUGACCAGAAGUCUCUUGAGGGGAUGCAGAAGAUGGAGAAGGAGGAGAGUCCCACCGAUGCUACUCAGGAGGAAGAUGUGGACGACAUGGAAGGAAGUGGGGAAGAAGGGGAUUUGGAGGGCAGCGACAGCGAGGCAGCACAGUGGGCCGACCAGGAGCAGUGGUUUGGCAUGCAGUGAGGCCUCUGGUCUCCCCUUGGAUGGGCGCAGCUCAGAGUGGCCCGAGCAGAGCUGGGGGCAGCCUCGUCUGGGAAGAAGACCACCAUGUUGUCUCAACGGGGAAUUUGGUUUUCUCGCUCUCUGUUCUCAGUAGUAACUUCAUUUUUGAAAAUUGAGGCUGCCAAGCUCUCCAGAUCGCUGUCCUCUCCCUGCUCUUAGCACGAGCAGUCUGGGAAGCAUGCAGGCGUGCUGGAGCUCUGGGACAGACAGCGGUCUUUGUGCACUUUGGUUCUAAAUGUCUGACUCUGAGUGAGAUGCUUCGUAGGGAAUGUGGCAGCGCGGUGGGAAAGAAGGGCCGGUCCGGGGAGGUGUGCUCUCGCUAGUUUCUUAAGGCAGUGCAGGUUGGCCCUUUCAAAAACUGUCCCAUCUGCUGACAGCUCCAGUAGGCUGCUCAGGAUCUCCCUUUUGAUUUUGCUUCUUUCUGCAGUGUUGGCAAUGCCUUAAACGGAGACUUGAUAUUCUGCAAACGUUUUCCUGUUUGAUAACCUAACAACUUGCCUAUAGAGCCCAGGCCAUGAUCUUCAUCAUUGGCUGUAGCUUACCAUAGAACGGUGAAUGGGAGCCCCUUUCCUGAAGAUUUCUGGCUCUUCAUUUGCUGUAAUUACAGAAUAAAGCCACUUUUUGGGUACAGUAAUGGAAUUCCUCUGGCUGAAAUGAAAGCCACUCUGCAGUUUUUGUUACUUCUUUUCUCCUGUUCUGUCUGGUCUCCAGGAAUAGCUGGAAAAUUAAUUUUUUUGUUAAAGGUUUUAAAAUUAUGCUGCCUCAUCUGUGUGUGGGUGUCAUGUGUGCCAGCUGCAUCUCUGCUGGUAUCUUCCUCACAAACUGGGUCAGGGCCAGAAAUGUUGGCCACAGAAUCUUCCAUCUUUCCCCCCAGCCCAUGUCUUAAGUACCUGAAGAAACGACCCCCGGAGCCAUGGUUUGAACUUUUGUGCUUAAUUAACUUGCCUGUAGCUUCCUCUGCUUCAUGUGGUAAAGGGAUCCCUCCAAAGCAGGCUUCCCCUGCUCCUCAGAACCGAGCUGUCUGUAACCUAACCUGUAGUUCCACCAAGAUCUGUUCUUGUCACUGGGAGGGGUGGCAAGGUCUGCUUUCUUGAAAUGUUCUCAUCUGUCUCCAGACCUGUAAAAUGUGCAUAAAGAUAGGCUACGGUGGCCCUCCUGGGGGAGCAGCCCUAGAGUUGAGGUGCACGUGUCUGCCGGACUUGUCCCUGAGGCUGAUGGAGUAUGCUUUGCCAUGGGCCUUGAAGCCACAAGCUUGCUCCUUGGAGGGCAUGCCCUCCUGCUCGUUCCUUCCAGUUGGUCUGGCACCAGCACCGGGUGAUGGAUGUUCAGACCCUGGGGAAAGCUGGCUGUGCUGCGCUGCACUGUGCUGCCAGGUAGGAGGGCUUCCUUUGACUGGAUAAGCCUUGGCUCAGGGCAGGCACGUGGGAGCAGCUCUGCUUCUACCUCGUGCUCUUGCUUUCAGCAGUGAAAAUGCAGGGGGUGGUUACUGGGAGAGAACUACCUUGUUUCUUUUUGGGUAACUGCCUGUGGUUUGGAGCUCUGAGCAGCCUGCCUCCUUACAGUCAAGCAGUGCCCUCCUCCCAGCACCUCAAACACAAGCCUCUCAGAAGGGCAAGAAGUGAGCUCUCAGAGCCCUUUGGGGGUCACUUAGGGCCUCUUCUUGUACCUGUUUUGUGGGCCUGUGACUCUGGGCUCAGGUGCGGCCUCCCCUCGAUGCCUUGACCUGUUCACUGCUGAUAGCAGGACAUGGGCUGGACCUCACGACAAGCCUGGCAAACCUGAUUUAACCACAGGGCCUCUGAGUGGUCCCUGGAUAACUCUCGAGAUGCUCUGAGGGAAGGGCCAGACUCAGGUUUUCACUUCCUGACUGGAGGUGAGACCAGGGAAGGGCUCCCAGGGUGCUUGGCAGAGUCGCCUGGCUGGCUGGGUGGAUUUACCAUGAAGUGGGCAAUGAUAGGCCUGCUGUGAUAGGACUCCUUUCUGUAGAGUGCUUUAAGGUAGGUAUGGCAAGUGUUGGCAUCCCCAUUUUACAGAAGAGAAGAUUGAGGCAGAGAACUUUGAGUAACUUGCCAGUGAUCACCUUGCUUUUGAGUGUUGAAGCUGAGAUUUGAACCCUUGUCUCCUGACUUGUUGGCAUUUGCAAAGGUGUGGUGGGUCAUGGUUUUUUAACUCUUAGGGCUUCCCAGGCCAUAUUGAAAUGGGCCAGCUUGAUUGUGUGUAGCAGCUUUUCAGUUAGGCCAGGACAGCCAGCUCCUCUUCCCCCGUUGCGGCUAACUUUCCCUUCUGUUUGUUUGCUCAGGGAGCACACGCCCAUUUAACAUGUCACUGCGAAGGUCUUUGAGACGGUAGAGGUGCUGCUGGGGAGACAGCAGGGCUGUCAGGCGUUGUCUAGGACAGAGAGAGGCAACGCUGGUUGCAACUCACCUGUCUCCUCUUCUGGACGCCCCACUUCAGCUUAGCGCCUGUAUUAGGUGCCUGCUGUGUGUCCGACACUGCGCUAGCUGCCGGGGAGACCGACCAACCCGUCGCGGCUGCUCCCAGAGAAUUUACUUUCUGUUGGGAGACAGAACGUGUGGACAGAGGAACACAAGUGAGACAGUUUGAGGUCGAGAGCCCUUGUAACUCCAGAGGGGAGAAGAAACUUCCCUAGACUCUCUGCUGGGGCACGGGGCACAGAGCACAGGCUGGAGGUCUUCCUGCAUCGUUGUCUGCAGGGUGGCAAGAUGUAAGGAGACUGGCUGCUGGCAGUUGUUGGGGGCCUGUGGGAAAGCAGGCACACUUGUGUAGCCUUUCUGGAGAGCAGUAAAGUUUCUGAACUGUGUAACUAAACCCUUUAGCCCAGCAAUACCCCUCCUAGGCCCAUGCCCCAAAGGUUGAGAGGAGGAGGGAAAGGACUCAUGUACAAACAUUGAUAGAAGCUUCUUUUCGUGGUGACAAAAUGCCCCAUAAACUUGGGGGAUGUUUGAAGAAUGUAAUGGAAGAGUUUUAACCAUAAGAAAUGGGGAUGGGGCCUGUUAAAGAGACAUGGGAAGACUC